UGCGGUAUCUUCGUCUUUGAGGAGAGAGAGCAAAGUUUUUUUCGGAGUAUAAUCAUCUGAUAUUCUGUACCUACUGGCUCGACUAAUUCACGUUCGCAUCGUGUAAAGCCCAUUAAAGGAAAAAAGUGGUCAGGUAAUUUCUUCAUUCUCAGGACUCGAACCCGAAACUUCUGGUUAAGGGUGAGAGUUCUCAUACAUCCUACCACAUCUCCUUGGCGGUGUAACAAAGCUUUCAUUUGCAGUACUAAUUAUAAGAUGAAUGAUGGAAGGUUUUAUUAAUGCUAAUAAAGAUGAAGCAUGUCUUGCUACAAAUAAUAGAAAUGUGAAAGCCAAGUUGUCUUUGUCUCCUCUUCAAGAAGGAAUUUCAAAGCUCUUAUCUCAAUGGCCAGGCCUGCAAAUGGCUAUUCAAAAUGAAUGGGGUGGCCAAGAUUCUCCUCAAAAAUCAAAGCAACUUUCCUUUGAUAUUCUUUCUUGUCUUUCUCAAUCGAAUGCAGAAACUAUUGGUGUAGAGGAUGUAGAGAAUCUGAUUUACGAAAGGUUGCUGCUGUCUUUCAACACUGACAUUGAUGAUGGAAGUAUUGAGGAGGUUGCGGAGCAGUUAAUGACUCUUCGUGAAGAAUAUGUUCAUGGAAAUCAUCUAUACACAACCACGAAAUAAUUGAGUAGUACAGUAUUCCAUCAUUUUCUUCAAGUCUUUGGCCAAGAAAUAAAUUUUUGUAUUUUAAUUAAAGUAUCUUGGUCGCAUCUACUAUUCAUAACCCAAGAAAACUACUUCUGUCUCAAUUUUUGAGGUACCAUAUAUGCGAAUUUCGAGGGUCAAACUUUAA